AUGUCGGCUCCCGCUGGGCCCCGGGGCGGCCCCGCUCCUCCUCAGCCUCCUCCGAUUCCCCAGCCCGAGAUGCCCGACCUCAGCCACCUCACGGAGGAAGAGCGGAAGAUCAUUCUGGCCGUCAUGGACCGCCAGAAGAAGGAAGAGGAGAAGGAGCAAUCCGUGCUCAAGGUCAAAGAGGAGCAAAAACCCCAGCCGACACAGUGGUUUCCCUUUAGUGGGAUCACUGAGCUGGUAACUAACGUUCUUCAACCACAGCAAAAACAGCAAAAUGAAAAGGAACCCCAGACAAAAUUACAUCAACAGUUUGAAAUGUACAAGGAGCAAGUGAAGAAGAUGGGUGAAGAAUCACAGCAGCAGCAGGAGCAGAAGGGUGAUGCCCCAACCUGUGGUAUCUGUCACAAAACAAAAUUUGCUGAUGGCUGUGGCCAUAACUGUUCAUAUUGCCAAACUAAGUUCUGUGCACGCUGUGGAGGAAGAGUGUCUUUACGGUCAAAUAAGGAGGACAAAGUGGUAAUGUGGGUAUGUAACUUGUGCCGAAAACAACAAGAAAUCCUCACAAAAUCAGGAGCCUGGUUUUAUAACAGUGGAUCAAAUGCACCACAGCAGCCUGACCAGGAAGGUAUUAGAGCUCAGAGGAACGAGGAAGCACCUCAAGAGAAAAAAGCAAAGCUGCAGGAGCAUUCACAAUACCAAGGACCACCAAUUGACAUAUCCACACAAGCUUUGGACAAAAACAGAUCUCAAGGGCUCACAAGACAAGACUCAAUUAAGAAUGGGUCGGGAGUAAAGCAUCAAGGAGCAAGUGACACUACAGACAGGAAAAGAAGCCCAUCAAUAUCAAGAGAACAGAACAGAAGAUACGACCAAAGGGACGAGAGAGACGAAUAUUCACAGUAUGCUACAUCAGACAGUGCGAUGCCCAGGUCACCAUCAGAUUAUUCAGAUCGGCGGUCGCAGCGUGGGCCUCAGUUAUAUGAAGAACCUGAACUGGGUGAUUAUAGGGAUUCCAACAGAAGGAGUCGCAGGCGUUCCAAGGAGUACCCGGUAGAAGACGAGGAUGCACAAAACAGGGAAGAAUAUGAAAGGCAGCGGAGGGAAGAGGAAUACCAGGCACGAUACCGAAGUGAUCCCAAUUUGGCUCGGUAUCCGGUCAAGCCACAGCCGUACGAGGAACAAAUGCGUAUUCACGCGGAAGUGUCCCGAGCGCGGCAUGAGCGGAGACACAGCGACGUCUCCUUGGCAAAUACUGAACUGGAAGACUCUCGGAUGCCUAUGAUGAGGAUGGAACGACCAUCGAGACAAAGAUCAGUUUCUGAGCGCAGAGCUGCCAUGGAAAAUCAACGUUCAUACUCUAUGGAAAGAACUCGAGAGGCUCAGGGACCGAGUCCCAAUCGUCAGAGGACCGCAAAUCAUAGCCCUCCUACACCUAGGAGGAGUCCAAUUCCUCUAGAAAGAGCAGACAUGAGGCGCUCUGAUUCAUUAAGGAAACAACACCAUUUGGAUCCUAAUUCUGCAGUACGGAAAACAAAACGUGAAAAGAUGGAGACCAUGUUACGGAAUGAUUCACUCAGCUCAGACCAGUCUGAGUCUGUCAGACCUCCACCACCAAAGCCCCAUAAAACAAAAAAGGGAGGUAAAAUGCGCCAGGUUUCAUUAAGUAGCUCAGAGGAAGAACUGGCAUCCACUCCAGAGUAUACAAGUUGUGAUGAUGUAGAGAUUGAAAGCGAAAGUGUUAGUGAAAAAGGGGACAGUCAAAGGGGAAAAAGAAAAACUAGUGAGCAGGCAGUUAUGUCGGAUUCUAACACCUUAUCCGAGAGGCAAAAGAAAAUGGUGAGCUUUGGUGGCCACUCUUUGGAAGAGGACUUGGAAUGGUCUGAGCCUCAGAUAAAAGACUCUGGGGUAGAUACGUGUAGUAGCACAACUCUAAAUGAAGAACAUAGCCAUAGCGAGAAGCAUCCAGUAACGUGGCAACCAUCCAAAGAUGGAGACCGUCUCAUUGGUCGGAUUUUGUUAAAUAAAAGACUAAAAGAUGGAAGUGUGCCUAGAGACUCAGGAGCAAUGCUUGGAUUGAAGGUAGUAGGAGGAAAGAUGACUGAAUCAGGUCGACUCUGCGCAUUUAUCACUAAAGUUAAAAAAGGAAGCUUAGCUGAUACAGUGGGGCAUCUGAGACCAGGUGAUGAAGUAUUAGAAUGGAAUGGAAGGCUACUACAAGGAGCCACCUUUGAGGAGGUAUAUAACAUCAUUUUGGAAUCCAAACCUGAGCCACAAGUGGAGCUUGUAGUUUCAAGACCAAUAGGGGACAUUCCCAGAAUACCUGACAGCACACAUGCACAGCUGGAGUCCAGUUCUAGUUCAUUUGAAUCUCAAAAAAUGGACCGACCUUCUAUUUCAGUGACUUCUCCCAUGAGUCCUGGCAUGUUGAGGGAUGUCCCACAGUUCUUGUCUGGACAACUUUCAAGCCAAAGCCUUAGUAGAAGAACAACGCCUUUUGUUCCUAGGGUUCAGAUAAAACUGUGGUAUGACAAGGUUGGUCAUCAGUUAAUAGUGACAAUAUUGGGAGCAAAGGAUCUUCCUUCAAGGGAAGAUGGGAGGCCGAGGAAUCCUUAUGUUAAAAUUUACUUUCUUCCAGACAGAAGUGAUAAAAAUAAAAGGAGGACAAAAACAGUGAAGAAGACACUGGAACCUAAGUGGAAUCAGACAUUCAUUUAUUCUCCAGUUCAUCGGAGAGAGUUUAGAGAACGAAUGUUAGAAAUUACCCUUUGGGACCAAGCACGAGUUCGAGAGGAAGAAAGUGAAUUUUUAGGCGAGAUUCUCAUAGAGUUAGAGACAGCAUUACUAGAUGAUGAGCCUCACUGGUACAAGCUUCAAACACAUGAUGUCUCUUCAUUGCCACUUCCUCAUCCCUCACCAUAUUUGCCACGCAGACAACUCCAUGGCGAGAGUCCCACGCGGAGGUUACAAAAUAAAGGCUUAUAUUCAUAUAAUUCAGGAUCCAAAAGAAUCAGUGACAGUGAAGUCUCUGAUUAUGACUGUGAUGAUGGAAUUGGUGUUGUUUCAGAUUAUCGACAUAAUGGGAGAGAUCUUCAAAGCUCAACACUCUCAGUGCCAGAACAAGUUAUGUCAUCCAAUCAUUGCUCUCGUACAGGUUCCCCUCACCACGGAGAUAGUAUAGGACGGACGAGAUCGUGGUCUCCCAGUGUCCCUCCCCCACAAAGUAGGAAUGUGGAUCUGGGACCACGAGGGACUCGAUCUACUCCUGCACAUUACAAUACCCUGAACCGCAUGGACAGACACCGUGUUAUAGAUGACCACUAUUCCCCGGACAGAGAGAGUCAUUAUGUUACUUUACCUCGUUCCUGCUACACGCAGUCCACAGAACACCAUUACAGAGAUGUCAGCCAGGAUCACUCAAUGUAUCCUCUAUUUUGUGAAGAUGCAAUCAGAUUGCUUCGUUCCCGUAAGAUGUGCCGUAACUAUUCUGAGGGUGCUUACUGUGAUUUUGAGAGGAGGACUAGGCAGGAGAGAAGAGUGCCUAAUUCAUAUUAUGAUGACACAGCCUAUACUCCUGAAAGGUGGUACAAUGGUGCAAGUUCAUGGGCAGAUCAUGUAGUCAAUGGUUCAGCUGAAAAUUAUGGGAAUUGUGAAGCAGCUGAUAGACAGCCAUAUCAAAGAUCCAGAUCAACAGAGCAACGUCCUAUGCUAGAGCGGAUCAGCUCCCGCUCCCGGUCCACAGAACGUCCUGACUCAAACCUCAUCAGGUCGAUGCCUUCAUUAAUGACUGGAAGAUCUGCCCCUCCUUCACCUGCCUUACCGAGGUCACAUCCUCGAACUGGGUCUGUUCAGACAAGUCCAUCAAGUACUCCAGUAGUAGGGCGAAGGGGCAGGCAGUUACCGCAGCUCCCACCAAAGGGGACGUUGGAGAGAAACAAUGGAGACAAGGAGAUAGAAUCUUAUGAAGAAGUUACAUGGGAGGACCAGCAGAAAAAGGUGAAUGGUACAAUAAGUGAUGACAAACCAUUGCCGAAAAAGAAACACCAUUCUGAGCCAGAAGAAAAGAAAGCAGAACCAGAGAAUGGGGAUACAGGUGCAAUGGAUGUAGAAGAAAGGAAUCGCCAAAUGAAAAUGAGCAAGUACAAACAGGUAGCAGGAUCAGAUUCCAGGCUGGAACAAGAUUAUCAUUCUAAGUAUCGGUCAGGACGGGAUCCUCAGCGAGGCUCAGACAACAUUUCCAAUAAGUCUUCAGACAGCGAUGUCAGCGAUGUCUCGGCUGUGUCACGGACAAGCAGCGCUUCCCGUUUCAGCAGCACAAGCUACAUGUCCGUCCAGUCAGAGCGGCCCAGGGGAAACAAGAAAAUAAGUGUCUUUACAUCCAAAAUGCAAAGCAGACAGAUGGGUGCCUCAGGAAAGAACAUGACUAAGAGCACCAGCAUCAGCGGGGACAUGUACACCCUGGAGAAGAACGAUGGGAGCCAGUCGGACACGGCAGUGGGCACGGUUGGUGGUGGCAGCAAAAAGAGGCGCUCCAGCAUCGGUGCAAAGAUGGUCGCAAUAGUGGGUCUCUCGAGAAAGAGCCGUAGCACAUCACAACUCAGCCAAACUGAAGCAGGGGGCAAGAAGCUGCGGAGCACUGUCCAGAGGAGCACGGAGACGGGGCUGGCUGUGGAGAUGAGGAACUGGAUGACCCGGCAGGCCAGCCGGGAGUCAACGGAUGGGAGCAUGAACAGCUACAGCUCUGAGGGAAAUUUGAUUUUUCCUGGUGUGCGGUUGGCUGCAGACAGCCAGUUCAGUGAUUUUCUGGAUGGACUUGGUCCUGCCCAGCUUGUAGGACGACAGACAUUGGCAACACCAUCAAUGGGAGAUAUCCAAGUGGGAAUGAUGGACAAAAAAGGACAACUGGAAGUAGAAAUAAUCCGAGCCCGUGGCCUUGUUGUAAAACCAGGUUCAAAGACACUGCCAGCACCAUAUGUAAAGGUGUAUCUUUUAGAAAAUGGAGUCUGCAUAGCCAAAAAGAAAACAAAGGUAGCAAGAAAAACACUAGAGCCACUUUAUCAGCAACUUCUAUCGUUUGAAGAAAGUCCUCAAGGAAAGGUUUUACAGAUAAUUGUUUGGGGAGACUAUGGACGAAUGGAUCACAAAUCCUUUAUGGGAGUGGCACAGAUACUUUUAGAUGAACUGGACCUGUCCAACAUGGUGAUUGGGUGGUUCAAACUCUUCCCUCCUUCUUCCCUAGUAGACCCAACAUUAGCUCCUCUUACUAGAAGAGCUUCCCAAUCAUCUCUUGAAAGUUCAACAGGACCUUCGUAUUCUCGCUCAUAGCAGCUGUGAAACUGUUGUCAUAGCAACCAGCGUUACAAAAAAUAAAAUUACAGGUCGCAAACCCUGGUAACACUGCAUGCUUAAUGUUGUGUCUUCUGAGCCUGUUUCUAGGGCUGCAACGCGAUCCUGUGUUCUCAAGGAAGUUGCACACAUUGUGCCCUACAGAAGGCCCUCAGGUGAAGGACUGAAGUCAUGAAGAACUGAUACGUUUGGAGUUCAGGAACACUGUUUUGGUCCAAUCUGAAGCCAUGGACUAAACUAAAAGAAUCAAUCUGUUUCAUGCAACAAAAGUAAUUUUCAAUGGCAUAUCUGUUUUGUUGCUCCCGUUUCUUUAUUUAUCUGCCCUCCCCUCCUAAUGCUUGGUUAUGCCACAGAAGCGGAGUUACCCUCCCCUGAAGCCAUGUUACAAGUCAUUGGAUUAGCAGAUAUUUGAAAAGAAGAAUGUAAGGAUGUCGAAAAAGUCAACUGUUGUUUGAAACAGUUGCUUGGGAUCUGAAAACUCUUCAUACUGAAAAGAUUCAAGACUUAAGAGUGGCGGGCUUCAUACCUCCAGCUAUACAUACAGUCAAACCCCAGAUGUGAUGAACUCUCUGAAAAAUAAAAUUCUGUGGAUAUACUGUACUGUAUGAAAUUAAAAAAAAAACUUUUUUGCAUGGACACAGAUUUAGCUGAACACUUAAAUUAUUUUCUUGGGGCUGCAACUUGCAAAAAAA